GGGACAGAACUACAGUUCCCACCACACCUCGAGACAGGAGGAAGAAGGGGCACGGAGGACCAAAAGGAAAACCAGGAGAAAGAGCAAACAUUACCUACUGGCAGAGGUGAGAGAGCCAGACAGGUAAGCAACAGGUGCAGGUUACAGGAUGCAGGAUGGAGGGUGUUGGAGGGUGGACAUCGCUUGUUUCUCCUUGCAGGGCAUGUUGGCUGAGGUGAAGGGGGCUUUUGUGAAAACCCUGAGGACUUACCUGGUGGGGGGGGUGGGGCAUGGAAGUAAGAUUUCAGCUCAAAUUACAGGGAUAAGACACCGGAAGUGGAAUGGCUUUCUUUACUUGAAAAGCCCGGAGAAGAGUUGUUUGAUUAUGUCUCGUGUCUGCUGGAUCAUUUAGCCGUAGUGAUUUCAGAGGAGUCCAAGAGAAGUGUAGGAUCCUCCAUCUGUUUAAAACUCGCGGUUUUUACGUACAGAUUUUAAUUUGUGUGAUGAUACAGACUUGUCCUUUUCUAUGACUUCUGAGAAAACCAAAAACUAAAACUGGGGGAAAUGAAGAAGGGUGUCAUAGGCAGGAACAAUUUGCAGCACAUCAAAUUUCGUCAUCAAAUGAAAUAAGGUUUCCUGUAUUUUUAAGAGACAUCUGACGAGGAGACCCAACACAACUGAAGAACAGUUGAACGGCCCGGGUAUAUGUGCCAUGAGGGGACAUGGUUGCUGCUCCAAAUAUCUGCUGGGCUGUGGAGUAGGAAUCUGCUGUCAUGUGGAACAGGAGUCCUGAUGUAGCAUGAGGGUCCACAGAUGGAGACCUCGGGGAGAUAGAUUUCAACCCCAUGUAAGUUAGAGCUGUGCACACAACAUAGAUUUUUUCAGGAGGUAGUGAGCUCCUUGUGAUCUGAGAUGUUGUGGAGAUUUAAGCAGAGAUUUAAGCAGAGAUGCUGAGGUCUCCACAGAUGGAGACCUCAGGGAGAUAGAUUUCAACCCCAUGUAAGUUAGAGCUGUGCACACAACAUAGAUUUUUUCAGGAGGUAGUGAGCUCCUUGUGAUCUGAGAUGUUGUGGAGAUUUAAGCAGAGAUGCUGAAGGUGGUAAUAAAGUUUCAGGUGGGUGAUUGUGUCGGUCAACACUUCCCAAGGCUAGAGAGUCCUCGAAAUCACCUGGGAGUGUGUGCAUGUUUUUAAAUCUAUUUAGCAGACCUAAGAUGGGCUCCAGGAAUAUAUAUAUAUUUAAUUAUCUUCCCAGGUAAUUCUGAUAAUCAGUUCGUUUGGGAGACACUGUCAUGAGAAACUUUCUUUUCCAGCCUAUGGUAGAGUAUGGCACAAAACCUUCGAACCACAGGGUUUUUUUGUUGGUUUUGUUUUGUGUUGUUGCACCUCGAGGCUCGUGGGAUCUUAGCUCUCCAAACAGGGAUUGAAACCAGGCCCUUGACAGUGAAAGCGCAGAGUCCUAACCACUGGACUGCCAGGGAAUUCCCCACAGUUUUCAGUUUGAAUAUUCUCAGAAUCAUCAUUUCCAGCACAAGAAAAAGCAGGUGCCAACCAGAAGAAAAGGGCUAUGUGACUCUUCCCGAAACUGACUUGUGUGUCAGGUCUCGUUGAUGCCCUGCUGCUGGCUGCCGGGCCAUUCAGUCUUCCAGCAAUUUGUCUUCCUCCCGUGUGACAUGCAGAUGGGCUGACAGCUAGACAUGUCUCCCACCUGAUGACUGGCAGGUAAAACACUCCUGCUGGGCCCCGAGGCAUGUGGAUCUCAGUUCCCGGACCAGGGAUCAAACCCACCAGCCCCUGCAGUGGAAGCACUGGAAGCAUGGCAUCUUAACCCCUGGACUGCCAGGGACGUCCCAGUCAAUGCUGUCAUCUGAGAGUGCUGACCGUGUACUGGGCCCAGCAGAGAACAGCUGUAGAACCUCUUCAUUCCAACGUCACCCCUAAAGUAAUGUUAACUCACCUAGGACAGGUGGGGUUUGUGCAGGCAGCUCCCUCUUACCUGACCAGUAAUUAACAUCCUUCUCCCACGAGGACGGCAGUGCUAGGAAAACAGUGACCUCCCUCUGUCUUGUCCUGUGCUGAAUCCCGAGUGCCAAGAAGAGUUCCCGGCCCCUGGUAGCUGGUCACUAACACAGGGGUUCCCAACCCCCGGGCUGUGGACCAGUACCGGUCCUGUUAGGAACCGGGCCACACAGCGGGAGGUGAGCGGCAGGCGAGUGAGCGAAGCUUCACCUGCCGCUCGCCAUCGCUCGCCUUGCCUCCUGAACCAUCCUGGGGUGCCCCGCACCCCGUCCGAGUAAAAAUUGUCUUCCACGAAACCUGGUGCCGAAAAGGUUGAGGACGGCUGCACUAAAGAGAGACUGAAUUCCUUCUUUUCUUCCUCGAUCUGUUCUAGGUGGCAAGAGCCAUGCAAUUCUCCAGCUCAGCCAGGGCAGCGGAGGAGAACUUUGACUAUUUGUUCAAGAUUAUCCUCAUCGGGGAUUCGAACGUGGGGAAGACGUGUGUGGUGCGGCAUUUCACAUCCGGGGUCUACGCCGAGACGCAGCAGAACACCAUCGGGGUGGACUUCACUGUGCGUGCCCUGGAGAUCAACGGCAAGAAAGUGAAGAUGCAGGUGUGGGACACCGCAGGCCAGGAGCGCUUCCGGACCAUCACCCAAAGCUACUACCGCAGUGCCCACGCGGCCAUCAUUGCCUACGACCUCACCCGGCGGUCCACGUUCGAGUCUGUUCCUCACUGGAUUCACGAGAUAGAGAAAUACGGGGCGGCAAACUUGGUCAUCAUGCUGAUUGGGAACAAAUGUGACAUGUGGGAAAAACGGCACGUUCUGUUUGAGGAUGCCUGCACGCUGGCUGAGAAAUACGGCCUCCUGGCUGUCUUGGAGACAUCUGCCAAGGAGUCCAAGAACAUCGACGAGGUCUUCGUGCUGAUGGCCAGGGAGCUGAUGGCCCGCCACAGCCUGCCCUUGUAUGGGGAGGGCCCCCUGGGCAGCCUCCCCCUGGAUUCCAGUCCUGUCCUCACGGCCCCGGGGCCGCGGGAGAAGAGCCAGUGCACUUGUUGA